AUGACAACACAAGAGAGUGAUUCCAAGGAAUGGUUUUACGGUUCCAAUGAUAAACAAUCAAAUGUCGAUACUGAAAACUGCAUCAUAGAUUCAAUUAAAAUAGAAAAAGAUGAUAGUUUAAAUCUUACAAGUUCAAACGUAUCUGAAGAUUCUGAUGUAACGCGUAAGAGAAUCCGGAAUGCGAGCCCAGAUUCAAAAUCCGAACGGCAUUUACGUGAUAGACAAAUCAGCGAAAACAGUGAAUCGAACUCCAGCACCUCAUCUGAUCACAAGAAAAAAAAAAUAGAAUAUGAAACUGAACCUGGUAUUAUAGCACGCAGGCAAAAAGAAAUUGAUUAUGGAAAAAAUACCAUAGGUUAUGACAGAUAUCUACAAGCGGUUCCCAAACAUGAAAGAACGAAAGAACAUCCAAAAACUCCACCCAAAUAUGCUAAGUACAGCAGAAGAGCUUGGGACGGUAUGAUGAGACUUUGGCGCAAACAACUGCACAAAUGGGAUCCAUCAGAAGAAGCAAAUGAUGAUUCAGAUACUUCGUCUUAACGUGGCUUUAAUUUUUUACUUCAUUUAUUUAAGUUAUGUAUCGAAGACAAUUUUUACAUCUGUCAUUUUUUUCUGGUUUCCUGAAAUAAUUCAAAAAAUGAAAUGAAUAUAUUUUGAUUGUGAGAAAAAAUA